CCAGUGGCGGAUUCUUGCGCAAUCCUCUGGAUCGGCUGCCGGGCGGCAUUCUUGCGGUCUGGAUCGAUCUGAUCGUUGCGUUUUGUAGGGAAAAUCCUGUGGAAGGGCUUUCCUCGAGUUUGUCGCGUCCUUGCUGCGGACGAUGAUCCUCAUUUUCUGGGAGAGAUCAAGCUUAAGCUCGAGAUCUUUCACUACUGCGUGACAACGUUUGUGAAUGGAGACUCUGUUCGUGAAGCAUUACAAAUGGAGCCAUGCUCGUUUCAUACAGCUUUGCUGGGGAGCAAGAACAUCAAAGGCCUUGAAAUCCUCUCUACACCACGAUGUGUACCUAUAAUUUGCUGGUGCUGCUGGCUUUCUUUGAAAACGAACUAUUGACGACGAAACACUCAAAAAUCUUUGGCAGCAUGUAGCAAGAAAGGCUUUGAAGGAGCAGAGCCGAGUCCAUCUUCAUCCAAUCGAUGAACCAACAAUCUCUACAAAACAUACUUCUACAACUGAAGAUCAAUCCAAGACACAACUAGAACAAUCAUCUAACGCAACAUCUGACAGCAUUCCCACUCUAGUUACAUCUCAAAGUAACAAUAUCUCAGCAAUGGGAAAUAAAAUCGUAUGCUGGCGAGAGCGUGAAUGGUCAGCUGACUUCUAGCAAUGACGAAGUGACGCUGGAUGACGAGCUGGAGUCCAUACAAAGGUCAGCAUCUGACCAUAGCGGAACCGUCGAUGCCGCUCAACAAGAGCAACACAUGCAACGUGUAGAAAACUGUCGCAAAAAAGAACGAUCUUUAACAACGAAAAAAACAAAGGUUGAUUGGAACCCAGAUCUUCACCGGUUGUUUGUUCAAACUGUAGAGGAACUCGGCUUGGAGAAAGCGAUUCCAUCUCGAAUUCUGGAAAUCAUGGGUGUUGAGUCCCUCACACGCCAUAAUGUUGCCAGUCACUUACAGAAGUAUCGUGCUCAGAGGAAGCGCAAGCGCGCUGAAUCGAAACAGAAGUGCUCAAGCUUAGAGCCGCUGAAUAAACGCGAUUGUCUACACAUCCAACCUUCUCCAUCCAUUCCUUCUACGUGCCUGGCCAUGUAUGGGGACUCCCUGCUCAAGGUUGGCCACCUCCAAAGCCUUUGCACCAGAAUUCCAUUUCCGCAUGGCAGACAACGGGUCCACCUGCAAAGCAUGUAUGUGUUGUUUUUAAGCACCGACUUGUUUUCUCUGAAUUUGCAGUCAAGAAACGCAAACAAAGAUGAAUCGCGUGUAAGGUCUAAACUAUCUUUACCGAUGGGACUUAAGCCUCCGAUGAUCGCGGGUCUAAUCGAAGAACUCAGGAAACUGGCUCAAAGAGCUAAGUGAAGAUUCAACGAGGGCAGGCUGUAUGGUGGGCUCUUCAGCGGAGUAGCUGAUGGAUCAUCCAAACAUCCCGUAAGCCGAACUUGGACUUUCAAUAUUGGAUAGCUGAACUAGUCAGACUCUUGACUUCGAGAACAGACUGGGAAGACGCACUCUCUUCUGAGCUGCAACUACAGGUAGCUAAAACUAGUGCUUGAUCUUUGUUUUAAUCCUUUGGUGUUUGCAGGAGUCGAGUACCUGCGAGAAGAGUCCAGUUAAAUCAUAUGAAACUGAAACCGAGACAUUACAGCAGGAUACUCGGGCACUCUAUUUCCUCUCUCGUCAUACAGGAUGAGGCCAGAGAAAUCCGGAGGCUCGCACUUCUCGCCCGUGAGAAUCGUUCUCUGCCACACGGCUCCCGUGUUCUCCCAGAACAUAUCGUCCUGCUUCCUGUACUGCUGCUCCACGCGCAAAAGAGCAGCUUUGCGCUUGGCUUCCUUGCGCUUUGACAACCACUUGAGCUUGGCCAAGGCCCUUGGAGUUAAACAUCCUUCGCUGCCAGAGAGCGAGCCAGACCUGUCGAGCGAAUCCUCCGAGUCUGCUAACUCCUUGCUAGAAAUUCUCUUGACGGUAAACAUUCCCAGCA